AUGAAAAUUAUCUCCGAAGAAGAGUGGUGGUAUCCUAAAUACACAAGGCUGUCACAUAUCUGCGAUUUCGCUAUCUUCGCGUUGGCAGCUUCGUUGAUUGCGCUGAUCAUGGAGGCGUGCUAUGUAGCGGCCAGGUUCUUUGCAAUGCGGGUAGGUUUUUUCGGCCAUUUUUGUUUAUUUUUGGUCAUUUUUUUGAUAUUUUUUUGAAAUUUUAGACUUUUGUUUAAGAAAAUGUUUUGAGAUUGUUAUGUUGUGUUGACUAUAACAUGCGUUUCCUAUAUCGACCAUUAAAAAUUUAAAAUUUCCCAAUUUUCAGCAAAUAAAGAAGAAAUCAGCCAAGAAGCGCCAUCGUAAGCGUCGAUCAAGCAAAGGCCAUCAUGUAUCCCAUAGAAAACGUCCAACUUCACAGAAAGACUCCAAGAAGACAUCAGGUUCUAUCACGAGAUCGUCCAAAUCCAAAUCCUCCAAAUCCAAAGACAUUAGCAGUUUGGACAAAUCCUCAAAGCCGCGUCCGAAGAAGAAGCCUAGACGCAUCAACUCCAACGAUUACCUGGGCCAAGACCAGAAGACCCCUCGAGACCCGACCUUCUCCGAGAAGGCUCGAGUGGCCAAGUCCAAGUUCCACAAACUGGACGCCAAACACAAGUUGAAGGUGAACGAACAUGUUGGCAAUCCGAACACGAUCGACGAGCGGAAUUUGCAUAAGAACAAGAAGGAUAAUGUGAUCAGAGUGCCUGAGGAGGAGAAGCAUGUCAAGAUUGUGGUUGAAGGUGAGGCUUUCUUGAGGUUUAGGUAACAGUAUCUUUAGUCGUUCUUUCUCUGAUUUUUUAUGAAAAUAUUGACUUCAGAAGCUUUUGUAAUUGCUAAAAGGGCUUCUUUUAUGAACUGCAGAAUGUAAACACUUAUGUGUUAUACUUUCAGGCCAUUCUACUCCAACUACCAACAAGUAUGAAUCUGUCUCCGCCAAAUGGCCCAUGAAUAUGGAUCCAAAUCAACCUGAUCCUAUUGCAUCAACGCCAAAAAGCACCGACUACGGUAAGUAAUAUUGUAUCUUAUCAGGUUUUAAGUAUAUUACACUAUAACUUUAUAGUCAAAGACCUUAUUAGAAAACCGGUGUUGGCUUAAAACAACACCUUUUAUAGUCAACUGAAGACUUGAAAAUGGGCCGAGUUCAACAAUUCGGCCCAACUUUUUUCAAUUCCUGAUUUUUUAUCAAAACCAGACUAAUGUGACCCUACUACAAUAUUAAACUAUGCAUUUCAGAGGCAGGUCCAUCCCAACACAGUGUCCCACCCGCCUCAUCUAACUCUGGAUCAUCAAAGAAAGAGUCACAGGACGAAAUCAAGACGGCCGUCAACGCGUCACCCCGCGGUUAA